CCGAUAUAACAUUGAAACUACAACGAUCGUCGCGUGCAGGCGGUUGCCAUAAUGCGUUGUUGUAGUGUCAAUGUAGCAACUCGGCAGGAAACGAAAUUCCUAUGGGGAAAAAAGCAUCAUAAAUCUGCCCAAGCCUUGGGAAAAGAAACACAUGGCUCAAAACUCAUUUCCGUGUUUCGUGGAAGCGCCAGGCAAACGUCAACCAGCGUCAAUAAGUGGAAAAACCAUGGAGUCAGGUGCAAGGAGAGAGAGGGAGCAAGGCGAGAGGGAGAGAGAGAUGCUGGAGAAAGUCGUGCAGGUUCUUCAGGAACAGGGCCUCCUGAUGACUGGGGAGAGCCUGGAGGAUCUAAGAACACUGAGGGAAGAGCUAAGGAAUGAAAGACAGCAGGAGAUGAGUGAGUUCAGACAGCAGUGGAUGACAGUGCUGGAGAACAUGGAGCAUCAGAGGACACAGCAACACCGAAACCUGGAAGUGUGGAGGCAUUGGCAGGAGUGCCAAUUAAGUGAACAGGUAGAGCGCUUUCAGCAGUCUGAAAUGUGGAGGAGAGAGUGUGAGGAGGAACAGGGCAGAGCACAGAUGCAUCAGAUGUCGCAGCAGUGGGGAGACAAGUACCACAGAAUACAUGCCUUGAUGUCUGAGAUGCAUGAAAACUGGAGGGACUUUGAGGAGCUGAACCGCAGAGAACAGGCGGAAGUGUUCGAGCUCUGCGAAGGGCUGAGGAGGGAAUGGGCCACCUGGACAGAACAGAGAAUGCAGGAGAGAAACCUUUUGGAAAGAGAAACCAGGGAACAUGACAGGAGGAAAGAGAGGGAGGAGUGGAGGAAGCAGAGGGAAUUCAUGGAGAUCUCGCAUGAGCGCGUGGAACUCCAACAUAAGAUGGAAAUAGAAAGGUUGGAGGUUGAGAUAAGGGAACUGAGAUCACUUAUCUUACGCAUAACUGAGGUGAAAACUGAGAGAGAGAGCACUGAGGAGACCUAUGAGCCGGUCACUCUGGCCACAGGAAAUACAACUGCGGUGCUGAUAGAGGAGGAGAUCAACCAGAUAGAAGUGGAGAAUGAGAGGAACCUCGUCACAGUGGAGAUAGAAAGCAGUGCGAGGGAGAGCAAGAAACAGGAGAAAGAGGAGAAAGAAAGCCAGAAACACAAGAAGAAAAAGAGUUUUUGGUCACGGUUCUGCUGGAAAAAGCGAGUGACCACAAAAAAAGAGUGCUCAGAGGAGACAGUAGGACAAAGUGCUCUGAAAUUGAGGGUAGUGGGAAAAUUGACAAGUCCCAUACUAGCUGGAGAGAGCAGCAGGGAAAAAGAGAAAAAGAUAGAGGGAGUGGCCAAUGUCAGUAAGACUGAAACAGAGCAAGAACAAAAACAGAACAAGAAGACAAAAGGUUUCUGGUCUCUCUGGCGUGGGAGAAAAUAAGAUGGAGGAUAUAAGAAAAGGGCCCAGAAGGUGCUGCAGCAGAAUCACCUCUGGCUGGAGGCUACAGCAGGCCAGGCUUGGACCGAAGCAACAAAGGGUGACGGAUUCCAGGACAGACCUGUACAGGCCCCUCAGAGUCACGUGGUGGUGAGGCAGUCACAGUGAGCAAACUUGGCAGGUUGGUAAAAGGUCAGCUGGUAAAGAAACAGGGAAAGUAUUGAAAUGACCAAACAGGAAGAACUAUGGUGGCCAGAUAGUUCCUUCAACUGGCAUUAACUAUUAACUCCUGUUUUUCAAUUAAUAAAAUCUAUGACCCAUCUCUCACAACCCACCCUGCAUGUCUUUUACAGGGUGAGUUGUGGAUACACUGGUGACUAUAUGUAUAUUAGCGGGUAUUUCAUAUAAACAGCAAAUUACUAAUGGUGAGAUUAAUUAAUAUACCUGAGAGAUGGGUCAUAGAUUAUUUUGCAUAUAAAUGUAUUCAAUGUUUGAUGAGGUGAUUGAGUUCCAGAGCCAGGGCGCGGAGAAGCUGAAUGUUUGAGUACCCACUGUGGAGAGGCAGGAGGGAGGUAUUGUAAGGAGGCAUGUGAAGGGUGGUAUGUAGUCCUGGAGGAGCUCGGAGAGGUAAGUUCUGCUUGAUUAACCACCUGAUGGAGCUCUGGAGCUGUCUGGGUAUGUACCCAACAGGAGACACAGCUGGGAGGCAGGGAGUGACUUCUGGAGCUGAGACUAUUUCUCCAGAGCUCGGCCAGGAUUUGGUUUUGCCUAAAUUUGAGGGGACUAGAACCAGAAAAAGUAUAGGAUUACCAAACAGGAAGAUGCAUGGUGGAUAGUUCCACUGCCCUGACCCAUUAUGGUUAUACUGUAAACCUCUGGCUAUUAGACAUAUUCAGGCUGGGUGAACUUCUUCACGUAAGUUUCAUAUUGAAAUUCACUGAAUGCAUUGUGAAUUUGCUUGGCAUAGCCAUUAGUGCACUCAUGCCUUGGGAUUCCUAGCAGUUUCACCAUUUAUUGUAGUAUGUCAUGUACAGGGGUGUGUGGCAUUCGGUCCGCCGAAGAAGUGGAUUGGUCUUGGUUGCGCCGGCUGGUGGAGAGAGCACAAGCACCUGGGUUGUGUUAACUUAUCAGCCCAGGUGCUUUAAGUUGUGCUGCUCUCCACAGUCCAGGGCCGAGAUCGGGAGCUCACACACAGAGGGCGUUUAUGAUUUUCGUGUCUUUUUUUAGUGUUUGUUUAACAGAGCAUUUAAGAGAGGGUUUAACAAAGCACAAAACGCAAGUGAACCUCCAAUGGAAAGUCGGAGGAGCGGGUCCAUUGUAAAGCGGGAUAGCUACAGGCGGCACACUGGAAAGUGGUUGCUGUGUUUUACUUUCUUUUGUCUUUGCUUGUUGUUUUAGUUUAUUGUUUUU